AUGUCUUGCCCGAUGUUGGAACCGAAACUUUCGGCAUCAGUAGCGGCUAAAGCAUCGAUCAGUGUCACCCCAGCAGUUACUGCUGUUAUUACCACCACCAAUAGUGGUACUUCUGCUACUACUAAUAACACAAAUAAUUCAAUGGCUUAUCCGUACAAGAAGCGUGUUCGAGAUGAGUUUGAAAAAAGGCAACGUGAAAUCGCAGAGGAAGGGAAACGAUUACAGUUAUUGGCACAAGCAAAACAGCAGUUGCAACAGCAGCAAGAGCAGCAACAACAUUAUCAAUUUCAGCAAGAAUACAAGAAGCAACUACCAAAGAAACAGCAACAAAGACAGAAAUAUAAGUCACAACCAGGAACCUCAGGUUUAGCAAGAACUGCUGCAGUUGUUAUUACUGCCUCUGGAAAUAUUCCAGAUGAGGUAGGAACGAGUGGUAUAAGUCGACCUGAACUUCCAAGUACCGAGAUGACGCACCGGCAGUUACGUGAUGAUGAAUCAGAUGUUGCAGAAGAAGAAGCAAUGGAAGCAUCUAGUGAUGACUCUGAAUCUUCAGGUGAUAUGAAUUGGUCUGAGCUUGAUCAGGCUGCUCUGGAAGCGAAAGCAUGUUGUUGUUUGGCAACUCUCACAGGUGGAAAAGCUAUAGCAUGUGGUCGUCCAGCAUUUGGUAUUUGGUUUAGCAACAAAUUACGGCAAAUGGCAUUGAAAAAGAAUCUUCCAUUUGCAUACAAUAAAGGGAGAGGACAUUGGUAUACAUGUCUAUUCCACUUUCGCGUAAUCAUGCAUGAAUCAAAAUUAAAACCUGAUGAGAAGUAUGAAGAAAGAGAUCUUACCAAAUAUUUGGCGGUAGAAGUUACAGAGGAUGAAUUUCAAGCUUUCAAAAAUGAUCCAUUGACGAGAAGUUACAUGAAAGAUUACGAACAAUUAAUGGCUGCUCGUGAAAUGCAAAAGAAGAAAAAGAAGAAGAAAGGACGACCAGGAGCAAAUGGUGGUGAUGCUGAAACAAGCGAUGAUGAAACUCCAAGCAUCGGCGCACUGGCUGGAAUUUGGCCAUUUAUGAGCACCAAUUUUCAUACUAUGAAAGAAGAUGAGGAAGUGAAUGCAUCACCGUCAGGACAAGGACCAUCAACUUCAGCUUUAUUGGAAGGCAUAUUGGAACACUUUGAAACAAUCGAUGCUCCCGCUUUCGAGACAAUCGCUUAUUUUCUGCAUACUGCCAAAACGCAUAAAAAUAAGUUGGACUAUCCGACUACCGAUUCAUAAAUAAUGGUCUAGUAAUUUGAAAGUAAGGUAACUUCACAUCGUUUUCUGUAAAG